AUGGGCGAACCUCUCCCGCCCAACUUCAAACCGCCUAACGUGAGGAGGUUCGAUGGAACUGGUGACCCGCAAGAACACAUAUUGUCCUACCUCGAUGGAACUGGUGACCCGCAAGAACACAUAUUGUCCUACCAGGCCGCCAUGAUGCUGAUGGGGUCGUCCGAGGCGGCCAUGUGCCGAGCCAUGAUGCUGAUGGGGUCGUCCGAGGCGGCCAUGUGCCGAGCCUUCUUCUCCACGGGGUCGUCCGAGGCGGCCAUGUGCCGAGCCUUCUUCUCCACAUUGGCCGGAGGGGCUCAGCGUUGGUUCACCAACUUACCCGGCGGAUCGAUCGGUUCAUUUCACGAAUUGGCGAUGAAAUUCAUCACCUGUUUCAUGCGGGGGAGGAGGUGUAAAAAACAUUUCACACACCUCGCGAGCUUAAAGCAAGGGAAGAAUGAGACCCUGAUGGAAUUCCUUGUCCGUUGGCGAACGGAGGAGGCCGAAGUGGAGGACAUGGAUGACAGGUCGGCCAUUGUCAUGUUCAUCUCCGCCCUGAGGGCGGGGGAUCUAUAUAAAAGCCUACGCCGCAAAACGCCAAGGACCUACACCUCGCUGAUGAUGAAAGCCGACCGUUAUGCGGAGGCGGAGGAAGCGAACCGUCUAAAACACCUGGAGGAGGAAGGAAGCAAGAGGUCGCGCACGGAAGGGUCCUCAAAGUCCGGGGGUAGCAUGACCUCCCACCCCCGAAAGGGCAUGGAAGAAGGGAAACCCAACCCAGGGAACAAGUCCCACGCGGGUUCUCGUAUGCCACCCUGGGCACCAGCACCCCCCUCGGGCAGGACGCCUCACUUGGUACCCUUCACCCCUCUGAGAGCCCCGCCAAGCGACAUAUUGGCUUACGCCGAGGAAUGUCACCUGGUGAGAACACCAGACCCGCGCCCCGACCCCUCGGGGGCGGACAUGUCAAAAUAUUGCAAAUACCAUCGUUGCCAUGGGCACAACAUGAACGACUGUCAAGCGUGGAGGAAAGAAAUAGAGAGAUUGAUACAGGCCGGCAAGUUGGGUAACUUUAUAGAUUGGGACAGGAUGGCCAAAAGGGACACGCGGGGAAGGGGUGCAACACCCCAAAUACCGCAAACCGGAAAAGAAAAGGAUAGAGACGAACCCAAUCGACCAGUAAUUAACGUCAUAUUUGGCGGGGAAGCCUUAGGGGAACAGGCCUUCGUGGGGGCUGUCGAUGACCGCCCGGCCACGAAGAAGCCUCGACGGGAACCCAUCUGGUUCUCGGACAAAGACCUCCCGGCGAGGUCAACUGCCCCGAAGGACGCCCUCGUGAUCUCGAUGGUGGUCAACGGCGCUUGCGUAAGGAGAGUACUAGUCGACACCGGAAGCAGCGUCAACGUCAUGUACCAUGACGUAUUCCUGAAGCUGGGGCUCAGCGAGGACCAACUCACACCCGUACGGACCCCGUUGGCCGGGUUCACUGGAGACACGGUGGAAACGGAAGGUUCAAUAACUCUGCCAGUCGAGCUGGGCACCCCACCCCGCGUUCGAGAAAUGCACAUGGAAUUUGUUGUAGUCAAGGUGACGUGUACCCACAACCUCAUCUUGGGGAGACCAGGGCUGGUCGGCUUAGGAGGACUCAUCUCGAUGGAGCACUUGUGUCUAAAAUUCCAUACGGUGGCAGGAGUGGGGACCAUUAGGGGAAACCAGCACUUAGCUCGAAAAUGUUAUAGCACGGCAUGUGAGAAACUGGUGGCAAGCCCCCUGCCGGUUCAUACCGUAGAGCCGGAGAGGGAGAGAAGUACUGGACCAGAACCUGCAGUAGAGCUAGAAGAAAUCCCACUACACCCAAGUCGCCCCGACAGGUGUGUUAGAAUAGGUAAAGGACUCGNUGAUGCUGAUGGGGUCGUCCGAGGCGGCCAUGUGCCGAGCCUUCUUCUCCACAUUGGCCGGAGGGGCUCAGCGUUGGUUCACCAACUUACCCGGCGGAUCGAUCGGUUCAUUUCACGAAUUGGCGAUGAAAUUCAUCACCUGUUUCAUGCGGGGGAGGAGGUGUAA